AUGAUCUCCUGGCUGGAAGAAGGGGAGGAGCUGUGGGUCCCAGGUCUCCAGGUCUCUGAGGAAAGGGAGAUCUUGAGAGAUGCCCACACAGCAGGUGAUGGGAUGGUGAGUGAGAGCGAGGAGGCGAACCCUCAGCAGGAAGCCCUUAUCAUUCAUGAGAGAAUCCACACAGGAGAAAAACCAUAUAAGUGUCCUGACUGCGAGAAAAGCUUCAGCCAGAGCUCAGACCUGACCAAACAUCAGAGAGUCCACACAGGAGGGAAGCCUUACAAAUGUCUUGAAUGCGGGAAAAGCUUCAGUUGUAGUUCAACCCUCACUGCACACCAGCUAAUCCACAUGGGAGAAAGACCCUAUAAAUGCCACGAAUGUGGAAAAAGCUUCAGUGAUAGAUCCAACUUCAGAGAGAGACCCCAUAAAUGCCUGACGUGUGGGAAAAGCUUCCGGGAUAGAUCCACCUUUAAUGAACACCAGAGAAUCCACACGGGAGAAAAACCUUAUAAAUGCCCAGAGUGUGGGAAAAGCUUCAGGCACAGCUCAACCUUUAUUAGGCAUCAGAGAAUCCACAGGGGACACAAACCCUAG